AUGAAACUGAAAAGUGAAAGAAAAGGAGAGAAAAGGGGAGUUGAGGGAGGGCGUCCGCUACUCGUCACUUCCGCUUUUACUUUUUUUUUUUUAACCACCCGCGCAUGUACACGACGCGGCGACAUAAAAAAAAAAAGGGAGGAAGGAAAGGGAAAGGGAAUUCCCCGGGGUCUCGUCUGCUGUCAAAGUUUAAUUCCGUUGGCAGUCCUUCAUGAUGGUUUCACCUCCGCCGAAACCCCUCCCUUCGGUGCACCUGCGCUCCCGCCUGAGCAAAAUAAACGUGCGUGUAUCGUUGCGGGUCUUUUUUUUUUUUUUUAG